AUGGCCGCCGACACUGCUGCCGCUACAAAGCGGCCCCUGAAGCCAGCUUCAACCGUUAACAAGGCCUAUCUGAUCUUCUACAACUUCGUCUCGGCCGUCCUAUGGUCCGUCGUGCUUGGCCGUACUGUCAUGCUGCUCGGCCUUCAUGGGCCUGAGUAUGUUUACCCAAAUGUUGGCGAAUUCACAAAGUGGACGCAGACUUUGGCUGGCUUGGAAGUGAUGCACUCUCUGCUCGGUGUCGUUCGCGCUCCCCUCUUCACAACGCUCAUGCAAGUCUCGUCACGCUUCCUCCUCGUCUGGGCCGUUGUCGACGUCUUCCCCGUCCUCGCCCUCUCGCCCUUCUACUCGUCCAUGCUCAUCGCCUGGUCCGUCACCGAGAUCAUCCGAUACUCCUUCUUCGCCCUCACGCUGUCCGGUUUCCAGCCCAAGUUCCUUACUUGGUUGCGCUACAACACCUUCUUCGUGCUCUACCCUGUUGGUAUCUUCAGCGAGUGCUGGCUCAUCUGGUUGGCCACCGCGCCUGCGGGCCACCUCAAUGAGCUGUACAAGUUUGCUCUGCAGGCUAUUUUGGCCAUCUACGUUCCUGGAUCUUAUGUCUUGUACUCGCACAUGAUGACCCAGAGACGCAAGGUUAUGCGCAACAUGAAGGCCCAGGGUCAGAAGGCCCAAUAA